CUGCAUUCUAUGUUCCAGAAUUUAAAAUCGGAAAAUAUGGAAGGUUAACGGAUGGGACAUCAGUAUACACAGCCGAAAUGGUGGCAAUUCAAAUGGCACUUAGUUGGGUAGAAGAAGUGAUGCCAAAUAAGGUAGUGAUUUGUUCAGAUUCAAUGGCAUCACUUACCAGUCUUCAAACUUUUCAAACUGUUAGAUAUGAUAUCUUUAUAGAAAUAAUGAAUAUAUUGUAUAGAUUAAGAAAUGCUGGAAUAAUAGUUAAUUUUGUUUGGGUUCCAGCGCAUGUUGAUAUACCAGGAAAUGAAAAAGCUGAUAAAAUGGCUAAAGAGUCACUUAAUCUGCAUACUCCUACUAUUUCAGUUUCACUAAGCAGGAUGGAGGGGAAAAGUAUAAUUAAAGAAGCUUGCAAUUGGAAAUGGCAAGGGAAUUGGAAUGACUGUAAAACAGGAAGACAUUUUUAUAAUAUACAAAACAGGGUAAGUCAAAGCAAAAUGAUACUGAACUUAAGUAGAGAAGAUCAGGUCAUUUUAACAAGACUAAGGAUGGGUCAUACAAAACUUAAUUCUACACUUCAUAUAAUAGGGAAACACAGUACUGGAUUAUGUGAAACAUGCCAAGUAAAGGAAACAGUUGAUCAUGUGUUGUUACUCUGUCCUAGGUAUGAACAGGAAAGGAAUGAACUACAAAGAGAAUUACAGAACUUAGGAUGUAAUGAAUUUUCAAUUUGCAACAUAUUAAACACAAAACAAGGAUGUGGUAAAAUAAUAAAGACAAUUUUAAAAUUCAUUAGGAAUAGUGGACUUAAGAAUAGCAUAUAGAAUUCAUAAUAUAUGCCUAGACUGAAAUCACUUCACACUCCAGCACAGGAGGUGGCGGUAUGCACCUUAAAAGCUGGUAUGCGCCCCGCCAAUAAAUCCACAGAAGAAGAAGAAGAACAACGAUUUCCUUGUGUUGUGUUUACGAAAAAAACGGCAAUUAUUAUUUGGGGAAAACACCACGGACAAAAUUAUCUGCAGGUCUUUUGUCUUCCUUUUUAUAAUUUACUUUAGUGUGUUUAAUAUGCCUGUUCACCUCUUGUUUUAUUGAGUACCAGUUCGUGACUAGCUAGGUGCUGGCGGGCUUGCUAGUCAGUUAGUUAGCCAGUGUGUCGAGACUGAUCCGGCUGACUGAACUGAACAUUACAUAAACGACUGUACGAGACACAUCUGAUCCGACUCAGAAGAAAAGAAAUGCCGAUCAAACACAUGUCAUGUUAAUUUGAACACUUUUUCGUUUCGGAGCUGUUGCUGUUUUUACGCGGCUAAGGUUAGCUAGUUAGCUUACUUAACCAGCCGUGUUGCUGUUUUGUAUACAUAUAAUAACCGCUAAGUUAGUUUGUUCUGAUCGGACUGUGCUGGAGAAAUGGGUUCAAUUCUUAGUCGAAGAAUCGCUGGUGUUGAGGACAUCGACAUCCAGGCCAAUUCUGCAUACAGAUAUCCUCCAAAAUCAGGAAACUAUUUUGCCAGCCAUUUUUUCAUGGGAGGAGAGAAGUUUGACACUCCUCAUCCAGAGGGUUUCCUUUUUGGAGAGAACAUGGAUCUCAACUUUCUUGGUAACCGCCCAGUGCAGUUUCCCUAUGUUACUCCGGCACCCCAUGAGCCAGUCAAGACAUUGAGAAGUCUUGUCAACAUCAGAAAAGACUCAUUACGAUUGGUCAGGUAUAAAGAUGACGCUGAUACUCCUACUGAUGAAGGAUCAAAACCAAGGGCCUUAUAUGGAGUGGAGUUCACCUUUGACUCUGAUGCACGAGUGGCCCUCACUAUCUACUGUAUGAACAGGAAAGGAAUGAACUACAAAGAGAAUUACAGAACUUAG